AUGUCGGCGACGAUGACCUUGGCACCGUGCCGGGCGAAAAGCCUGGCGGUGCUCUCCCCGAUGCCGCUGGCGCCGCCGGUGACGAUGGCCACCUUCCCCUCCAGCCUGCAAACAAGACGGCGGCGGCGAUGCUAA